AUGGUAUCGGAGACGACGCGACCGACUGUAAAACUCUCCAAUGUUCCUCAGACCAUAGUUGCCGACGAACUCCUCCGGUUCUUAGAGCUCCACCUCGGCGUCGACACAGUGUUCGCUCUCGAAAUUCCGACGACUCGCGACAAUUGGAAGCCAAGAGACUUCGCGCGCGUGCAAUUCACUUCUCUCGAGGUCAAGUCUCGAGCUCAGCUUCUCUCUUCUCAGAACAAGCUCCUUUUCAAGACCCAUAACCUAAGAGUCUCCGAAGCUUACGACGACAUCAUCCCUCGGCCUGUAGAUCCCAGGAGAAGGCUAAGCGACGUCGUUUUGACUGUUGGGUUCUCGGAAUCGGACGAAGAGAGGUUUUGUGCCCUAGAAAGAUGGGAAGGCGUGAGGUGUUGGAUUAUGGAAGAGAGAAGGAGAUUGGAGUUCUGGGUUUGGGAAAGGGAUGAAUGUUACAAGAUCGAGGUUAGGUUUGAAGACAUUGUUGAAACCGUUGGCUGCUGCAUCAAUGGUGCGUCUGAGAUCAAUGGCUUUCUUCUAAGGCUCAAGUAUGGACCGAAGAUAUACAAAAGUGUAUCAGGAACCCAUAUAGCCCCAAAGUUUAAAGCUGAUCGGUACCGCUUCUGCAAGGAGGAUUUUGAUUUCAUGUGGAUUCGGACAACUGAUUUUUCUGGUUUGAAAUCAAUAGGGUCAUCCAGUUGCUUCUGUUUGGAAGUCUUCAAUGCCUCAACGAUGACAGGCAUUUUCUCAUUCUUACCUUACUACAGAGAAGACACUUUGAGUCUAACCACUGUGGACGGGAAUACCUUUGCCUCUGUACAUCAAAUUGUUCCCCUCUUGAAUGCCGAUUACCUGGGGACAGAGAUUCCUUAUGAGAUCCUAUUUCAACUCAAUUCGCUGGUUCACGCCCAGAAAAUCAGUCUUUUUGCAGCUUCAAACAUGGAACUGAUCAACAUCCUUUGUGGUUUGAGCUUGGAAACCGCAUUGGUGAUUCUCAAGAAACUGCACCAACAAAGCUCUAUAUGUUAUGAUCCUGUCUCGUAUGUCAAGACUCAGUUGCAAUCCGUGGUUAAGAAGAUGAAACAUUCCCCUGCAUCAGCCUAUAAAAGAUUAACCGAGCAGAAUAUCAUGAGUUGUUAUAGAGCCUACGUCACACCCUCAAAGAUCUAUCUGUUGGGUCCAGAGCUUGAGACUGCCAAUUACGUUGUGAAAAACUUUGCAGAGCAUUCCUCAGAUUUCAUGAGAGUUACCUUUGUGGAAGAAGAUUGGAGCAAGCUUCCAGCUAAUGCUCUUUCUGUGAACUCCAAGAAAGGCUAUUUUAUUAAACCCUUGAGAACCAACAUUUAUAACAGGGUGUUGUCAAUCCUUGGAGAAGGGAUCACCGUCGGGCCUAAAAGGUUUGAGUUCUUGGCUUUUUCAGCGAGUCAACUGCGAGGAAAUUCUGUGUGGAUGUUUGCUUCUAACGAGAAGAUAAAAGCGGAAGAUAUAAGAGAAUGGAUGGGUUGUUUCCGUAAAAUUCGAAGCAUUUCCAAAUGCGCUGCUAGGAUGGGUCAGUUGUUUAGUGCUUCGCGGCAGACACUUAAUGUCAUUGCGCAAGAUGUGGAGUAUAUUCCAGACAUCGAAGUGACGACUGAUGGUGCUGAUUACUGCUUCUCGGAUGGCAUUGGGAAAAUUUCUUUGCGAUUUGCUAAGCAAGUUGCACAGAAGUGUGGGCUGAGUCAUAUUCCUUCAGCAUUUCAAAUUCGAUACGGUGGCUACAAAGGUGUGAUUGCAGUUGACCGAAGUUCCUUCAGAAAGAUGUCUUUGCGUGAUAGUAUGCUGAAGUUUGAAUCCAACAACAGGAUGCUUAACGUAACCAGGUGGACAGAGUCUAUGCCGUGCUUCUUAAACCGGGAGAUCAUUUGCCUUCUGUCAACGCUCGGAAUAGAAGAUGAAGUGUUUGAGGCAAUGCAAGCUAUGCAUCUAUCUAUGCUGGGAAAUAUGCUUGAAGACCGAGAUGCGGCGCUUAAUGUUCUGCAGAAGUUGAGCGGAGAAAAUUCGAAGCAUCUGUUAGUACAGAUGCUGCUACAAGGAUAUGCACCAAAUUCAGAGCCUUACCUCUCAAUGAUGCUUCGUGUACACCACGAGAGCCAACUUUCUGAAUUAAAGAGCAGGUGCAGGAUACUUGUCCCGAAAGGACGAAUCUUGAUCGGUUGCAUGGAUGAAAUGGGUAUCCUGGAGUAUGGCCAAGUGUACGUUCGUGUAACCCUGACAAAAGCAGAACUGGAAUCCCGUGAACAGAGCUAUUUCCGCAAGGCUGAUGAGGAAACAUCAAUGGUGAUUGGAAAAGUGGUUGUGACUAAAAACCCAUGUCUUCACCCUGGAGACAUCAGAGUUCUUGAAGCAAUAUAUGAGGUCAGUUUCGAACAAAAGGGAUUUCUCGAUUGCAUCAUCUUUCCUCAGAAGGGAGAAAGGCCACAUCCAAAUGAAUGUUCUGGUGGUGAUCUCGAUGGAGACCAAUUUUUUGUUAGCUGGGAUGAGAAGCUUAUACCAAGCCAAAUGGAUCCUCCAAUGGACUAUGCUGGAAGCAGACCUCGUUUAAUGGAUCAUGAUGUCACCUUAGAGGAAAUCCACAAGUUUUUCGUUGAUUAUAUGAUAAGUGACACGCUGGGGGUGAUCUCAACUGCACAUUUGAUUCAUGCAGAUCGUGACCCAGAAAGAGCCCGGAGCCAGAAAUGCCUAGAGUUAGCAAAUCUUCACUCUAGGGCUGUUGAUUUUGCGAAAACUGGGGCUCCAGCUGAGAUGCCUUAUGCCUUAAAGCCCAGAGAGUUUCCUGAUUUCCUGGAACGGUUCGAGAAACCAAUGUACGUCUCUGAGUCUGUGUUUGGGAAACUAUACCGCACAGUCAAAAGCUCUUUAGCGCAGAAAAAGCCAGAAGAGGAGACCACAGAGAUGAUGGCUUAUGAUUAUACACUUGAAGAAGCUGGCUUUGAGAGCUUAAUAGAUACAGCAAAAUCCCAUAGAGACAUGUACUCUGAGAAACUGAGCUCAUUGAUGAAAUACUACGGGGCUGUUAACGAGGAAGAGAUCCUCACGGGUAUUUUGAGAACCAAGGAGAUGUAUCUGCAGAGAGAUAACCGGAGGUAUGGUGAUAUGAAGGAUAGAAUUACGUUGUCCGUGAAAGAUUUGCAGAGAGAGGCCAUGGGAUGGUUUGAGAAGAGCUGCAAGGAGGGACAAGAGCAGAAGAAGCUAGCAUCGGCUUGGUACUAUGUAACGUACCACCCGAGUCAUCGCGAUGAAGAGUUGAAAUUCCUGAGUUUUCCGUGGAUCGUAGGUGACGUUUUGCUGGGGAUAAAGGCUGAAAAUGGCAAGAGCCAGAGGAGUGGUAAUGCAUGA